AGUGUGUCGGUGCCACUUAAUCCGCUUCGACAUGAUACGUAUAUUGUUCUUGAUGUUUAUAGCCUUGCCUGGCUCCUACGGAAGAUACGAACCAAAUUGGAAAAGUUUGGAUACUAGACCUUUGCCACAGUGGUAUGAUGAGGCAAAGUUGGGUAUUUUCAUACAUUGGGGAGUUUUUUCCGUCCCUAGUUACUCUUCAGAAUGGUUUUGGUCUCAAUGGGCAAAUAAUAACGAAGAAGUGGUCAGCUACAUGAAGGAAAAUUAUCCUCCAAACUUCACCUACCAAGAGUUUGCGAAAGAUUUUAAAGCAGAAUUUUUCAAUGCUUCCGAAUGGGCAGAGAUUUUCCAACAGUCAGGUGCUAGAUACAUCGUUCUCACGAGUAAGCAUCAUGAAGGAUAUACCCUCUGGCCUUCAAAAUAUUCAUAUAGUUGGAAUUCCGUAGAUAUCGGACCAAGAAGAGAUAUUGUCGGUGAACUAGCUGAAGCAGUGAGAAGGAGAAAUAUCACGUUUGGACUCUAUCACUCUCUAUUCGAAUGGUUUCAUCCCAUUUACCUUUCCGAUAAAGCGUCAAAUUGGACAAAAAAAGAAUUUGUGACCAACAAAAUAAUUCCAGAAAUGCGUGAACUCAUACAAACCUAUGAACCAGCUGUACUAUGGUCAGAUGGUGACUGGGAAGCACCUGAUUCCUACUGGAAUUCUACUGAGUUCUUGGCUUGGCUGUAUAAUGAUAGCCCUGUGAAGGAUUCCAUCGUUACUAACGAUCGGUGGGGUAUUGAUAUACCUUGUAAACAUGGAGAUUUCUUCAGUUGUCAGGAUAGAUAUAAUCCAGGAACUCUCCAACUCCAUAAAUGGGAAAAUGCGAUGACAAUAGAUAAACAAUCUUGGGGAUUCCGUAGAAAUGCCAAACUAUCUGACUAUUACAGUACUCUAGAAUUGAUAAGUCAAUUGGUGUCAACUGUCAGUUGUGGAGGAAAUCUCUUGAUGAAUGUUGGUCCAACAAAAGAAGGAAUUUUGGCACCUAUAUUCCAACAACGUCUCAAGGAGUUAGGAGACUGGUUAGUAAUAAAUGGGGAAGCAAUUUAUGGAUCCAAACCAUGGAGCACGCAGAAUGACAGUUUGGAUUCAAGUGUAUGGUAUACCGCUAGUAAAGAUGAUAAUGUUGUAUAUGCUAUUUCUCUGCAUUGGCCCUCUGAAAAUAUCCUGACAUUGGGUUCCACCCAAGAUAUUUUCAGAUAUACUGAUACUGUUAUAUAUCUACUUGGAAAUGAAGAGGAUGGUGUUCUCAAUUGGUCUGUGGAAGAUAAUGGAGCCGUUGCGAUAGAAUUCCCAACCAAAUCUAUCACUAAGAGUGACGGAGCUUAUGUUCUGAAGAUAGUGGUGAAUGGCAGUAUCAGCGUUGGUCAAAUAUGAUAUUGUUCAUUUGAAUACUAAUAAAUGGCGAUUAUGCUCCUUG